AUGAAAUAUCUUAUUAGUCAAUAUGCGAAAUAUCAUAGUUAUCCACCAAAAGCUAUUGUUAUCUAUCGUGAUGGAAUUGCAAAUAGUGAAUUUGUUAAUGUAUUCGAACAAGAACUCGUGGGAAUACAAGAAGCUUGUGUUGAAUUAUUAUCAAUCUAUCAACCUUGUCUUACUUAUAGUGUAGUCAAUAAAAGACAUCAUACAAGAUUUUUUUCAACCGAUUCCAAGAGUAAUGUUACGGCUGGUACAGUUGUUGAUUCACAUGAAGUUACUAACCCCAUAACUUAUGAUUUCUUGUUGAAUAGUCAUCAUGCAGAAAAAGAAACAAGUCGUCCAGCACAUUAUCAUGUUUUGCACGAUGAUAAUAAACUAAAACCAGAUCAAGUUCAAAUGUUAAGUUAUGCUCUUUGUUAUGCAUCUGCUCGUUGUACAUGUUCAAUAUCUAUUCCAGCACCUGUAAAAUAUGCUGAUUUAUUAGCCUUUCGUGCAAAUCUCUGUAUCCAUAGAAAUGGCCAAAUCCAUACAGAAUCAGAUGUUGCAGAACAGGCUACUCUAGUGGCUCAAACUGUAAAUGUCAAAGAGGAGAUAAUGAGUAAACGCAUUGUGUUAAGUUCGAAAUUAGCACCAGAUUCUCCUUUCUUUUUGUAA